AUGUUUUCUUCGUCUGUGUUCUUGCACGUGGCCCUCGCGUUUAGUGUCGCUGGACAAACUCAAUGUUUCUUAACCGAGCCGUACUCAAGUAAUUCGAUCAACUGUCCAAACGAUAAGAUGUGCACUCACAUCGAGAACUGUCCGGCUGUUUUCAAUCUGAUGAGUCAGAAUCUGCUACCUAUUCACAGAUUUCGUCAAGCGAUCUGUGGCUAUGAGAACGUCAAAGCAAAGAUCUGCUGUGAUUUAGGUAGCCAUACUGCGAAUCCAGCAUUUACUCAGGCAGGUGGUACACUUUUUACGAGAUCGAAUUCCAUUCUAGAAUGUGGGAAAAGUUUUGUUCGGAGUAAUUCUAAUACUUUGGGGAUGUACCCUUUUGUCGCAAGGAUUGGCUUUAUGAGUAGGUCCUUACUAACUUUGGUCUUAGAUACUAAAUAGACAGUGUUCGAAAUUUUGUGCAAUUGUAUUUUAGGAGCAACUGGGAAAAUAACAUACCCUUGUACCGGUGUAAUUCUGAAUGAACGGACGAUACUGACCACUGCAAGUUGUGCGCUUGCAAAAACUGACGAUUACAAAUUAUAUUCCGUACUUGUUGGUGAGUUUAACGCCGAAACAGAUCCCGAUUGCAACACACAGAAGCAUAAUAUAUCGUAUGUAAUAAAGCAUCCCAAUUAUCAAACGGAUACUUUUGCCAACAACAUAGCAAUGUUGCGUUUACAAGAACCAAUACAAUAUACCGCAAGUGUGCAACCAAUAUGUCUUCCACCAGCAGACAGACUGUUAAAUCCAACUGUUAGUCCUGUUCUCGUUGGAUGGGGAAAACUGUCCAGUCAAAGAAUGAAGUCCUGUCAGCAGCAGUCUUUAAGAAUGCGAAUUAUACCGAAUCAAGAGUGUUCGAGUUAUUAUGAUCAAGGACUGUCGGUCGAGCUUUGCGCUAUAGGAGAUGAAAUGCCUUGUUCAGGAUACAGUGGGAGUCCCCUUUUAUUCAGAUAUGGGGAUUCUUAUUUUCUGGUAAGAAUUAUAGUAUAUUUUGUAGGUUUUGAAAUCUUAAUAUAUUUACAACAUAAUCAUAUACAAUUAUACUGGAUUUAUACAGUACCAACAAUCAUUUGUACAUAA